AUGAAGGCCCUAGUUAGGUACCAGAUCAACAACUUCUUUUCAGGUCCUGAUGAAGAGGCCAUUGUGGAUCUUGGCAAAACUAGCUCAACUGUGAACACCAAGUUUGAAAAAGAAGAACUAGAAAGUCAUCGAGCUGUGUAUGUUGGUGUUCAUGUACCAUUUAGUAAAGAGAGUCGUCGGCGUCACAAGCAUCGAGGCCACAAACAUCACCACCGGAGAAGAAAAGAUAAAGACUCAGAUAAAGAAGACGGGCGGGAGUCUCCUUCCUAUG